AUGAAAGGUUAUGUUGGAUUUACUUGGACUGUUCAAAACGAAAAUGGUGAAUGGGAAAUCUCUUACGCUGUCAUGAAUUAAAGUGGAUAAUUUGUUGAUAAAUUUGAGAUCCAUUGUUCUGAAAAUUGUUAAACAUGCCUAACUGAGAAAUACUGUACAAAAUGCUAUUCUGGAUAUAUUCUAAAAGACAAUGAUAAUGAAAAUUAUUGUAUGAAGACUAAUUGCUUUUAUUAUGAUUAAAUGGGAAUAUGUCAAGUUUGCAAUGAUUCAUAUUAUUUAGAAAAAGAUACAUGCAUUUUAAAUGAAAUACAAGCUAGAGCAAUUCGAAUUAAUUAGCAAUCAUCAAAAGGUUUGAUAAAAUAAGAGGGAGCAAAGUUUAGUGAUGGAUCAAUCAUUGUAGUUUGGGCAAGUUAUUUUUAAGAUGGUAAUAAUUGGGGAGUAUUUGGGCAACUAAUAGCUAAUACUGGUGUUAAAAUUGGAGAUAAUAUAUAAAUUAACACUAAAUCUCAAGGCAUUGAGCAUUCUCCAAAAGUAGCAGUAUUAGAGGAUGAUACAGUUGUAAUAAUUUAUGUUGACGGAGAUCCUUAAAUGAAUGAAGCAAUUAUAAAAGCUAAAAAAUUUAAUAAGUAAAUGCAAAUAAUUGGAGUUGAAUUUAAUGUUGGUACAAUUCAGUAUUAAUAGGAUAAUUUUAAUUAUUUAACAUAAUGGAAAUUGUUAAGCUUAAAAAAUGGAGGAUUUGUUAUUGGAUAUUUAACACAGAAAAAUUAAUUUAGACAUUAUAUCUAUCUAAAAUUCUAUGAUUCAUUAGGCAACUUGGUAGUUUAAUAAUCAAUAGAAGGAUAUUAAGACUUAUUUUAUUUCACACUUCGUUUAGCUGCUAAUGAUAUCAACAUUGCUUUAUUGUAUCAAGAUUAAUAAUUUGGAUUUUCAGUUAAUUUAUAUUCAUUAGAUGGAAAUUUAUUAAAACAAAAAUAAAUGCUUUAAUUUAUGUAGCAUCCACAUGAAUAGAUGGUGUUAGAGUCUUCAAAUGGGUUAUAUGCAUUAGGAUAUCUAUCAUUUUAAUUGAAGUGUACUGCUUAAGUCUAUUUUUUUGAUAAACAAUUCGAAUAAUUUUUAAAAAAAUUUUGUGGUAUGGAAUAAUUCUCCCCCUCAUAAGCACUUAGUGCACUGAUCGAGAUCCAUUAAUAAGCAAAAAGUUUUUAAGAUCCAGCCUUACAAAAUAUCCUAGUAAACUUAACACACUGGGUUUUUGCCAUGUUGAAUUUUUUAAACAAUAGUAUGAAUUAACUAUUACCAUAAUUAUCUGCGCUAGAAUAGAAAUUCAACGUUUAAAUUGAGUAAAUCAAUAAUGACCUUUCUCAAAAACAGAAUUAAAAACUCACANACAAUUUGGAGAUAUUGCUAUUAGAAAUUGUCUUACCUAACUUAGUAUCAUAUCAAAUGGUCAAAAAUUUCGCCCUUUAAAACUUCCUUCUUUACCCCCCUUAAAUACGCUUGAUAUAACCGAGCUACAAAGAAGGAUGUCACGAAAUAAAGCAAUUAGCUUUGAUGGCGUAUCUGACAAUUUUAUUAGGAAUUGUAAAAAUGUCCAUAUUUUUUGUGAUAUAUGGAAAUAAUCUACAAUUGAAACCAACUACGCAUGCUGUAGAGCAAGACUAGUACCCUUAAACAAGGUUUUCCCCGAUAUCCCUACUAAAACUUAGUUUCGACCUAUUACAAUUCUAAGUCCCCUAUUUAAGCUGCUUGAAUUAAGAUUUCUGCCAAGACUAUAACAAUAUUUGUCCACUCGCUUAUCUAAAGGUCAAGCAGGAUUCAUUCCUGGUUCAUCUACUCAAAUAAAUAUCAUCAGACUCUUAAAUACUUUAACUGGUUACAAGAAAUAGGAUAAAAUGGAUUGCAUCUUUAUUGAUUUUAGCAAUGCCUUCAAUAGCAUAAAUAGAUAAAGACUAUUUAAUAUUUUAUCUGCUAAAUCAAUUUUGGAUGGCAUCGAAAUAAAAUUCCUUAAUCACCUCUAUACAAAUCUCCAUUAUAUUUGCCCAUAAAUGAAUACCACAUUUUACUUCUAAAACGGUGUUCCUCAAGGAUCUCCACUGUCUCCCGCACUUUUUAAUAUAUAUCUUGAAGAUUUUUUAGCUUCAUUAAAACAAAACUGUAAUUUUAAUUAUACUUCCUAUGAAUUUGCGGACGACAUUGUAAUUAUUAUUGCUCAUAGAAAUAUCCAAUCCUUUUUAUAAAAGUUGGUUUUAAUUUCUGAAGAAUAUGAACUUAGAUUAAACUAGAAAAAAUGUGGAAUCUUUUUCAUCCAAAAUCAUAAGCGCUGUUAAUAUAACAAUAUAUAAGGAUUUCCUAUUGUGAAAUCUUAUAAAUACCUCGGAAUAAAUAUAUUGAACAAUGGAAAAAUAAGUCUAUAGCUUGAUAAAGUAGAAUAAACUCUAAAAUUUUUAAGUGGAAAGUUGCUAUGGGUUUCUUAAAAACUUAAUUGGAAGCAGAAAUAUUAAUUAUUCUAAACUUUUCUCCUUCCACACAUACUCUAUAUUUGUCCUUCAAUCCCAACCUAGAAAUACAAAAACAUAUUUCAACGCUUAUAAAAAUUAUAUAAAUCUAGCUUUAAAAAGGUUUGUGGAUUUCCUAAAUGCUUACCUAACGAAUUUUUAGAUUUGAUAUUACCCCCUCUAGAACUUCUUAUAGCAAAGCAUACAAAUAAGGUUAUCAGUAGGAUGAACAACGGAAACUUUGGUUAAACUACUUUUAUCAAUAAUUACUUUAACGAGAUAGAAGAAAUGAAUUAAAAUUCAAUAUACAAAUUUCUCCCCAAUAAUUUUAAUUAGCUGUUCUACCUGUACCCUAAAAUCUGUAGGACCCACUAAUGUAAUCUUUCAUACCGCCAUAUAAUAAAUUUCCAUUCCAAUUUCCAUAUUUCAGAGUUUUUAAUAAAUCUAAGAGGCAUCUUCAAUAAUAAUUAGUAAAUACAAUAACCAAAAAACUAAUGUAAUAGAUUGGAAAAAAUAAUUGCAAAGCUUUUAACUGAAUGA